AUGUCCGAAGAAGGUGGUCUCAAGCCGAAGACGCUGAAGCGCAAGAACCUCAAGGGACUCAAACUGGCCGAGCCGGCACUUAAAGCGGCGCCAAAAGAAGUUGUUUACGACGACGAAGAUGCGCUUAACAGCCAGCUCGACACGCUAGAGAUCGGUGUGGAGUUUAGGUUGGAUCUACGGGCUGAGGACUUGCUGGUUAUCCAUGAGCUCGGAGCUGGCAAUGGUGGUACUGUCAGCAAGGUCAUGCAUCAGACACUCAAGACGGUCAUGGCGAAGAAGGUUAUUCACAUCGACGCAAAACCCAAGGUCCGCAAGCAGAUCGUCCGGGAGCUACACAUCAUGCACGAAUGUCACUCGCCAUACAUUGUGUCGUUCUAUGGAGCUUUUUUGAAUGAGGGCGACGUGGUGAUGUGCAUGGAAUACAUGGAUUGCGGAUCCCUUGACAACAUCGCCAAAAAGAUCGGUCCCAUUCGUGUCGAUGUGCUGGGCAAAAUAUCGGAGGCUGUUGUCGAGGGUUUGCACUAUCUCUACAACGAGCACAAGAUCCUUCAUCGCGACAUUAAACCCUCCAACAUCCUUGUCAAUUCGCGCGGACGAAUCAAGCUGUGCGAUUUUGGUGUUUCAGGAGAGCUCAUCAACUCUAUUGCAAACACCUUCGUUGGAACCUCGACCUACAUGGCACCUGAGCGGAUACAAGGUGCCCAGUACUCGGUCAAGUCGGACGUGUGGAGUUUGGGCUUGACGCUGUUGGAACUGGCCAUCGGUCGGUUUCCAUUCGAUGCCGAUGGGUCGGCUGCAGGCACCCGUGCGAGCGCGGGGCCUAUGGGAAUCCUCGAUCUAUUGCAGAAGAUCGUUAACGAGCCGGCGCCGAGGCUGCCGAAGAAUGUGGCCUUCCCCCCAAGUUUGGAGCUUAUGAUCGAACACUGCUUGAUCAAGGAUCCGGACAGUCGGCCGUCGCCCGAAGAGCUGUUGUCUGAACCAUUCAUGCGAAGUGCUAAGGCUACCAACGUCGAUCUGGAGGGAUGGGCGUGCGAUGUGAUGGAGAAGAUCACAGGAAAGCCCCACGUGCGAAAUCGAUCUUCGGUGCACGUGAUACUACCCAAAGUCGGCCAGCCCAGGCCGAUUUCCAGAAUCGACGGCCCUGCUCCUUCGGCACCUCGGAGACCGUCCGGACCUGCCAUGGAGCCUUCUGGUCGCCGCCAGUCUGGUGCGGAGGGUGCGAUGCCGCCACCGCCCGCCCCGAAGGCUAAUGGGGAUCGCGAGCGCGAUCGCGAGGCACAGCGUCUGCACGCGUACCGCCAGGCAAGCAGUGGAAUGUCAGGCGGAGCGCUACCGCCGACACCUCCGGCUAAGGGUGUCUCAAAUGGAUGGGACAGGAGAUAA